GUUUUUUCGCCUCAUGAAUUACGCGCAUGCGCAAUUUAUCUAGCAACUCAGCAGGUGCUCCAAACAUACGCAGACUUCCUGCCAGACGACAAUUUAUUUAAUUUAUUCGUAUAAUUAAUAAACAACAACACACUACAAUCAUGACAGCAUACAGGGGUGCUGACUCUAAAAGAGAAGAAUUCAGGAAGUACUUGGAGAAGGCCGGAGUGUUGGAUGCACUAACCAAAGUUCUUGUUGGACUGUAUGAAGAACCAGAGAAGCCAAACAAUGCCUUAGAUUUUCUGAAGCAGCACCUCGGUGCAUCUGGUCCUGACACUGCUGAUGUCGAGGCCCUCAAACUGGAAGUGACCGAACUUAGGCAGAAAUGCGAGCAACUGGAGGAACAAAAUCAGGAAUAUAGGGCAAAGCUACAGGCUCGACAAGAACACGCAACUUCCAAGAAAUUGCAACAGUACGAGCCGUCGCAGGGUGAGGAGCAGGCCCCGGACUCAUAGUUAACAUGGCAACCAUAGAAACCACUCAUCGCGUUAUCGUCCCAACAUUCUCCUUUGUUUGUAAUUGUGAACAUGUGAAUAUUUUGGAAUGUUUUGUUCUGUUUUUUUUGCUAAGGCCGUUUUGAUCAUCAUAUAGUUGGAUUAAAUCAAAUUAUUUUGUGUUCUUAACAGUUAUAUUUACAUGUGCGACCUAAAAGUGAAUUUAAGCAUCAAUUUUAGACCGCUCUUUUUGUUUUUAUUAAUAUUGAGUAGCUUUUUGGUAAAAGAAAGUUUUGAAACAAAGCCCAUUCCAUGUGUUUAAAUAGGUCUCAUGUUGAAUGAACAAUUGUGUUUUAUUUGCCUUUGAUUGGUUUUGCUUUUUACCAGAAACACUUGAUGUGUCCUUCCGAAUGAACAUUCAUGUUGUAUGUAUAGAUGUAUUUAUGAAAGUUAAAGAUCUGUGAUAUGGUAUUCUCCCUGUUAGAGUUUGUCAGUAAUAAGCAGGUCUUUAUGGUUGUUAGAUGAGGUAUGUAUGGUAUAACAUAGGUAAUGUUUUAUUAUUAUUUUCAGAUUCUUUUGUCAUUUCUUUGUUUUCUGUCAUAUUUAAUCUUUUAUUUAACAAUUUAUAAUGUCUGUCAUUCCAAGGUUGGCAAUGUAUGUGCAACUGGUAUCUAUAUAAAAACACUGUUGCAUUUUUGGGUGAUAAUUCUUUUUGUGGGUAUUUUAUGUUUGUGUUUGAAGUCUGAAGGGGAUAUCACAUUUCAAAUUAUCUUAAAAUAUUUUAUUUAUUUUGGUUGUUGAUGAAACUAAAAUGUGUCAAAGAGAUAUGUGAUAUAAGUAUAUCUUUACAUUGUUGUGAAUAAACUAAUAAAUGAAAAUGCGCA